AUGGGCCGAGCUGGUCGAUCGGCGGAGGCGCUUGGCGGUGGCUGCCGACGGACUGGCAAGCAGCUCGAGGCCACCACAGCCACCGCCUCCACCAACGACUCCGGCCGUCUUCACGCCCUCGAGCAACUCGAGAUCCUCCCCCAAAUUCUCCAAGAGGGCAUCCUCUUCGCGGGUUCAGGGGCCGCCCUCCUGCUGCAAGCCGCGCUCCCCGCCAUCCGCGAGACUGAACACCCAGACGGCGGCCACCAGGCCCUGGCCACCGAGCUCAUCGACGCGCUCCAGGCGCACAUCAGCUACAUCUCCACCCUCGUCUUCGGCACCCGCGCCGAGCGCAAAACCCUGCUGGACCUGCUGCAGCGCGGUGAGACCCCCGGCCUCGGCGGCGGGCGCAACAACCGCUUCGCGCACCACCCCAAGCUGCAGCUGUGGAUGGCGGCCACCCUCUACGCCACCUCGACCGACUUCUACCAGCGCGUCUACGGCCGCGUCGACUACCAGACCGCCCAACGCGGCUACUCGGAGUUCACCCUGUUGAUGAGCUAUCUGGGCGUACCACCCGGCACCUGGCCCGAGACCCGCCAGGCCUUCUGGUCCUACUGGGACGACCAGAUCAGCACGCUGGCGGUGUCGACCGAUGCCGCCCAGUUCGCCAAGGAUUUGCGCGAGAGCACCGAGAUGCCGCGCUGGGUGCAGAAUCUGAAGCCUUUCCUCCGCGCCGUCACCAUCGAGAUGCUCCCGCCUACGCUACGGGAGGCCUAUGGGCUGCGCUCCUCCACGCGCACGCGCUUGCUGUACCGCAGCUGGAUGGGCUUCUCGGUCGCGGUGUACCCGGCCAUGCCGAAUAAGCUGCGCUCGUACCCGCUGAAAUACUAUCAGGAGCGCCUGCGCGAGAAGUUGAACGUGGUUUAA